AUGCCGCUCAGGACGGCACUCGACAACCGGUUCAAGAUCGCGACCAAGCAGACAAGUAUCGCCCAGGAGGUCCUCGCCGGCGUCCUAGGAUGGCAGACCGUGGUCCAGUCCUUGUCGUUCUACGCGAGUCUGCUUGUGGGGGGCGACGAAAGCGUAGACCAGAAGUCGACUUUCGAGGCUUUCCUGCUUGUCGCCGGAGCAUCAACCAUGGCGUUCGGUGCGUUCUUUAACAUGCCGUUCAUCGUGGCACCUUCGGUGCUGUACUCUGCCCCGGAAACAAGUUUCGUGUCUUUGAUUCCGACGGCGUUGAGGCUCGGAGCCGGGUGUGGGAUAUCCGUGCUCGUCAGCGUCCUCGGCAUGCGCAACAUCGGCGUCUUGGUCAACAACUCUUUUUCGCUGCAGGCGUUCACCUGGCAAAUAAUCGUCGGGUUCGGCAUCAUUACCGCCGCGUGCGGCAAGGCAGCCCCAGAGAAACAAUUAAAAAAGUGGAUGCACGUCCUCGGAGUCCCGAUGGUGAUCACGGUCGCGAUUUACGCGGUGCUCGACCGAUCCAAGUUUCAAGGCUACUCUCUGGCCGACCACCCUCCCCUGAGCAACUGGGGCAUGGGAGCCUUCGGCACGAUAAACUUUUCCGAGCUGCGGGAAACACCGAGGAAGUACUGGUUCUACAUUAGCAGGACUUUCCUCAGUGUCAACAUCAACGUUUCGAGCAUCCUGCUGAUCUUGAUCGAUGCCGUUUGCCUAGAGGAUGUACGCACCAAGGUGAAGUCAACCAGAGAGGUCGACUUCUCCAACGCUAUCGGAGGUACCAAGAAGUUUCGCUCCAUGGCCUGCGCCAUACCGUGCAUGUCCUUGGUUGGAAAUUUCAUGGGCGUUACCACCCAGGCGGCGUUCGUGCAGUCCAUGAUCCUCGUGUUCGCCGGCGGCAAAACAGGCCUAAGCGCUGUUGUUACGGGGGCACUGCUCCUCAUGACCACCGUGAUGUGGCCACUGCUUCCGUUGCUCGCACCAGCGCACGUUUCCGGAGCUCUGACGGUAGUCAUCAGCCUAAGGUUUUUCACCGUCAUCAAGAUGAUCGACGUCAACGAGCCCAGAAACCUCCUCAUGUUCGGUAAGAAGCGAUGUCGGGCCCCUCGAGAGAAGGGUUGA